AUGGAAGAGCAUUCCGCUCCGGCGACUGUAUCGCUAAACAGCACAGAUCCAAAAGCACCUUCCCAAGCAGAAUCAACAACCUCGACCUCACCCACACACACCGCAUCUACCACAUGGGCGCAAUGGGACUCCAAGGACGCAGCAUUACUGGCUCCCGCCAACCUCGCAGUCACAAAGGUGCAGCAUGCUUGGGAACGCCGACCACAGUCACCCUUCACGCGUCGGCGCCUGAAGGUGGGUAAAGUAUGGAAGCGCACUGGAGGCGUGUCCGCACCGGCAUCGUCACUGUUCGCCUCUGGUGGAGGUGGCGCGACGAUCAGACCUGAGAGUCCUCUCAGGGCAGUCAAGAAGAUGCGUGGAGCAGCGGGCGAGCAGGUGGUACGCGAUUGGGAUGUGAGAGGCAGUCCGCGAAAUAGGAGAAUUGUCACCCGCAGCAACAGGGAAGAGGCGUUACUCGAGCUUGGAGAGGACGCUGCGGAGCAGGUUGAGGCACUUGGGGCAUUUCAGGAGGGCAGUGAUGUCACAUCUCGAGAAGAGGUGUUGCGCGUGGAGAUUGAGCAUGAGGAUGGCACGAUUCUGGAACUGGAUCCAGAGGAGGGCGAGGCGGAGGUGGAGAAUGAGAACUGGGAUGACGAGAGCAUGACUGAGGAGACAGUCUGGGAUGCUACGCUGAUGCAUCUCGCUGAGACGAUUGGAGGAUCGGAAGGAGCUACAAAGCCGGCGCAUCACAGCGACGGAGAGCAUGCCCUGGACGAAAGCUUGCAUUCGCCCGUUGAGGAUAUGGACACCGAAGAGACGUUCACUGACUCAGCACCAUCAACUCAUACCGACAUGCCUCUUGCCGAGCGAGCCAAUCCUGAGAUCCAAAUUUCCCGACUUGCGCCGCCAGCUGAACAAACUGAACAGACCUCACCGGUACCUCAACUCAAAUCAGUAUUGAAGCAGACUUCGCAAUUCGGCCCCAUGCCAGAAGGAUUCGUCUCCCCUGUCAAGGAGCGCCAACGGAGAACAAUCAACCAAGUCAGGCUUUCCAACGCAAAUCGCAGGAGGACGCUCCCAGUCAACUUUGCUGCUCAACAUCCUGCUGUGGUUCCCACUUCCGCUGAGUCUGACAUCGUCCAAGACGCGCGCUCGCCGGGCAAUGUUGACGAGGCCGAAUCUCAUGUGGUGGAUGAGACGCACGAUAAUACUUCUCAACCUUCGAAGGAGGCCAGCGAGCUCGUCAUUGUGCCUUCCGACGAGGUAUCAGGAGCGGAUCUUGCAGCAGCGCUGGAUGAGGAAGAUUCAGACAUUGAAUUGGGCGUCCUCUCGAAGGACUCCCUAGCUGUUCAUGGCGAGGAAGUCUCGGGUGAUGCUGCUCACGACGACAAUGCGUGGGAAGAUGUUGAAGAGGAAGAAUGGCCGAAGCAUGCCGAGAUUGGAGGGGAAGACAGUGGCACAUUCGAGAUCAAUCCCGCAUCGGAGGUCUUGCCAUCGUCUGAGGAGCAAUUGCAGUCUGAGCCGAUGGUGAUGUCCGACCAUGCUGCACCAACCUUCCCGAUCGAUACCGAAACAAGUACUGUGGAAUACACCACGGAAUCACAACCGGUCUUCGAACUUCGAAGAUCGCCACGCAGACAGUCUACCAGCCCUGUACGGAGAAGCGGGAUCCUCCCCUCAUCUUCACGCCCUCACCUGGUCGCAUUCACCCCGAUCAAGCUGCCAGUGUAUACAACAUCAGUGGAGCUUCAGAGCUCACCAUCGUUCGGCGCUGCGCUUGAUGACUCCAUGGAUAUCGACAACCCGACCCCUCUUCCUCAGCCCACGAGAUCCUCGUCUGCACCACCAGAAGAGCCGCAAAUGUCACCUCGGAGGCCUAAGCAGCCUCGUAUUUCUGAUGAUACGGCUCUUCUGCAGGCAUUUCUCAAUCGUGCUGCUGAAAGUAAGACUUCAAAGGACGGCUCAACCACUGCCAAGCGAGAAUCAAUGGAGAACAGAAGAGACUCAACAUCUGUGCGACAGGCUCUCGCUAGUCCUGCGCCACUCGCGAAGACGACAGCGGGAGACGUGCUAGCCGACUUGGAUCCUAACAGCCCAUCUCCGCGCAAGCAAUUUCUCGCUGUCAGUCUUGCUGAUGCCGCUCAAACGGAUCGCAAGUCUGUGAUUGACCAAGACGAAGACGAGCUUGCAUUGAACGCUACUCCUGACAAGCAAAGAGCAUCGCGAAAGAGUGGAAGGGUCAAGAAGAAGGGUCCGCAAGUCCUCCCUGCAGGGCCGAAGUGCAUCUCCAUCCGCCCCGCGGACCCUGUCGUCGUGUUGAAGAAGGAUGAGACACAUGAUACUGCUCGAAUGACGAGGAAUAACACGAAGAAGAACAAGAGCGGUGCUGUCCUUCCUCCUACGCGCCUCACUCGACUUGCGGCGGAGAGGCUCGCCCGAGCAGACGAGCUCGGGCCUCAGGAUGACGAGGAUCACAUGGAUGUGGAAGUCCCUGUCAAGGCCGGGAGAAGAGCAGUGAAGUGGGCGGAAACUUUGGAGUCGUUCCAUGAAGGUGCCAACGAACCGGAAAUGUCCAUGUUGAGUGAUGAGCUGAACAUCGCUGAAGAAUCGAGUGCGCCACCCCCAAGCAACACACCCAGCAAACCCGCGAAACUUAGACGUCUGAGGACUCCCCGCCCAACGGCCUCUUCAUCGGGAUCCAUCGGGGCUUCAGAAGAAGCUGUUGCGCCGGCAGUCGCUCCUGCUGGAGUAGUCGCAAAACCAUCAAAAGCCACGAAGCGCAGCUCUCGGAUAGCAACUCCAGCAAAGCUUCCUGGCGCCGCCAAAUCCCUCCUUCCAGACGGCUUGAAUGAUGCCACAGAGGCUGCUCCAGUGUCUGCCUCCAAGAAAGCGCCUAUCAGCCGUAAAAGAGCACCUUCGAGCAAAUUGCCCGCUCCCGCGAGCUCGCUGACUGCGUCUGCUGCUGUUGGGAAGGAGAAUUCACUCAUUGCUUCUCCGCCGAAGAAGAGGGCUAGAGCGGCGCCUGCAUCUGCGGUACCUAAACUGGACUUCAAGAGUUCGAUGGAUGCUGCUCCCGUCAUGGCACCUCCCGCGAUAGGAAUUGCUGCGAGCCCGGCGAAGAAGGGCAGUGCAAGGGCGCAGGUGUUGUUCAAGGAGAACGGAGAUGUUAGUGUCAAAAGGGAUGAGGUGAUGGGAAUGGGUAGUCCGGCGAAGAAGAGGGUUCGAAGGAUCUUGUGA